AUGCACAAUAUAUUAUAUUAGAAAAUUUAAGAAAACAUACUAAUGAGAGAGAUAUUGCAUAUCAUAUUAAGAGAGAGUAUUUUAAUAUUAACUAUUCAGAUUAGAUAAAAGACAUUAAGUGUGUAGUAGGUAAAAAUUUUGGUCUAUUUGUAACACAUGAAGCAGGAUAUUAUCUUUAGGCUAUAAAGGGAUAAAUAACAGUUGUUGUUUGGAAAUGA